GCCGCUUUGCACGCGGGGCCAGCGGGAAAUAAAAAGCGGGUCGGAUGGCACUGCGGAGCGCAGCUGCUAACCGAUCACCCGAACGUCCUUUUAGCUGCUGUAGAGAUCGAGCCCAGGAGAAAUGGAUUCUCAGGACUGUCCCUGUUGUAGUGGUGGUGCAUGCACCUGUGGCAACAACUGUCAGUGCAAAAACUGCAAGUGCAAGUCAUGCAGAAAGAGUUGCUGUUCCUGUUGUCCGGUGGGCUGCAGCAAGUGUGCCCAGGGAUGUAUCUGCAAAGGUCCCCCUUCCACCAAAUGCAGCUGCUGCAAGUGAAUCUUCUCUGGCUCUCCAAGCACUGAUCUGUAUAUUUGAUUGCCAGCAGGAAUGUAACCUUAUUGUCCAUUUAUAUAUUUGCCUGUGCAUUUUUGUAGCCUUUAGAUGUGAAAAUAAGCUAUGUGGGAAGUAACACUAGCUAUGUGGAAAAUAAUAAAAGCUGUAUGUAUAUAAGAAA